UUUACCAGGUUAAAGGAGACAUGUGUUUGAAGAUAAUUGAAAAUGGGAAACAAAAAGAUAUUGUCAUCCAAGAAGGGGAGAUGUUCCUCCUACCUGCUAGGAUACCUCAUUCUCCUCAGAGAUAUGCAAACACUGUGGGUCUUGUGAUUGAAAGAGAAAGAUUAAAGACAGAAAUUGAUGGGCUCAGAUACUAUGUUGGAGAAUCAACUAAUGUCCUCUUUGAAAAAUGGUUUCACUGUGAAGAUCUCGGCACUCAACUUACACCAAUAAUUCAAGAGUUUUUCAAUUCAAGACAAUAUCAAACUGGAAAACCAAAUCCAGAUGAACUCCUGAAAGAAACACCUUUCCCACUAAAUUCCACUUCCGUUAUGAAGCCAUUUUCCUUCCCAGGCUGGUUAAAUGAUCAUCGUGGUGAAAUAAAACAAAAGAAAUCCUUGAGUAUGUUUGGCGAUAACUUUGAAACAGAGGUUAUAGCUUAUGGGCCAGGAACAACUGAGAAAAGUAAAAAGAAUUCAGAUAUCUGGAUAUGGCAGUUGGAGGGCACAUCAACUGUUACCACGGAUGGUAAAACCCUGACUCUAUCUGCUGGUGACAGCCUGCUUAUCCGAGCCAAGUCUAUGUACUGCUGGAAGAGAACAGAGGAAUGUGUUGCCCUUUGCAUUGCUCAGGAUCCAAAACGCAAGCAGCCUUACACCUAGGUCCUGUGCCAGCUGACAUUGAUGAUAAAUAAGCUUUAACC